AUUUCCUUGUGUCUUGAUGAAACAGAUUGCAUUUGCGAAAUGCUGAAGCACAUUAGGUCAUCUGUCUUUACAUGUCUCAGAAUGUAGUUUCCACUCCCAGUUUGUACAUCAGAGAAUCAGAGUGGAAACAGAGUUUCUACAGCAGGAGGCCCUCAGUAAUUUGGUUCUGUUAAAAUGGGACUAAAUUUGAUGGAAGUUUGGGUACCAGUUUUACUUCUAGUUUCCUCAGCUGCAAGCUCUAACAUUUGCACUUCCAGAGGAGUGAGUACCUGUAAAGAAUGUCUGUCGAUCCAUCCAACCUGUGCUUGGUGCUCUCAAGAGAUCUUUGGAAAGGGAGGGUCAGGAAUAUCCCGGUGUGAUCUCAAAGACCAUCUCAUUCAGUCUGGUUGUGGCGUGAAGUUUAUUGAGUUUCCAGUUAGCAGUAUGAGGACCCUAGAGGAUGUACCUCUGAGUGACAAGGCAGGGGGUUCAGCCAGCGAUAUCACUCAGAUCCAACCCCAAAAAAUCCACCUAACCCUCAGGCCAGAUGAUUCAAAGCAAUUCACAGUCAAAGUGAAGCAAGUAUCUGAUUACCCAGUUGACCUGUACUACCUGAUGGACAUGACCAAUACCAUGAAGGACGACCUGCAGAAGCUUUAUGCACUUGGCAAUGAUCUGGCCACUGCCUUACGUCGCGUCACCAGUAAUCUGCGCAUGGGAUUCGGAGCUUUUGUAGACAAACCGCUCUCACCUUAUAUGUACAUUAACUCUGAAGAAAUCAUCAGGAAUCCUUGCUAUAAGUCUAACGAAGUCUGCCCACCGCAAUUCGGCUACCGUAAUGUACUGUCUCUAACGGAGCAAGUAGAGCGGUUCACAGAAGAAGUGAAGAAACAGAAAGUGUCCAGAAACAGAGAUUCUCCUGAGGGAGGAUUUGAUGCUAUCAUGCAAGCAGUAGUAUGCAAGGAGAAGAUUGGAUGGAGGCCUGAUGCAUCUCAUUUGCUGAUCUUCACAACUGAUGACAGAAGUCAUUUGGCUUUGGAUGCAAAGCUGGCCGGAAUCGUUCAGCCCCAUGAUGGAGAGUGCUACAUCAAUAACAACAAUGAAUAUGACAAGUCCACUAUACUGGACUAUCCUUCACUUGGCAUGAUCACGGACAAGAUAUCUGAGAAUAACAUCAACCUCAUCUUUGCUGUAACCAGCAAUACAAUUCCACUAUAUCGAAAUUACAGCGAGCUGAUUCCUGGCUCUGCGGUUGGAAUGCUCUCCGAAGACUCUGGAAAUGUUGUGCAACUCAUUCUGGAUGCAUAUGCGAAGAUCAGGUCUAAGGUUGAGCUGGAGCUGUUGGGUGUGCCAGAUGAGUUAUCUCUAUUCGUCAACGCAACAUGCCUGGAUGGACAGGUCAUUGCAGGUGUCCGGUCCUGCGGCGGACUCAAAAUCGGCGAUACGGUUUCAUUCAACAUUGAGGCAAAACUUCACGGCUGUCCCAAAGAGAAGAGUCAGACCUUCAUUCUGAAGCCAACGGGCUUUAAAGACAGCCUUCAGGUCACUGUGGACUUUGCUUGUGAAUGUGGCUGUCAGCAGUCCUCCGAGCCCGCUAGCCCAUCCUGUCACCACGGCAAUGGAACGCUGGAGUGCGGCGUGUGCCUGUGCGAUCCGGGCCGACUGGGCUCUCGAUGUGAGUGCUCCGAGGGCGAAUAUAAUCCCAGCCAACAAGACAGCUGUAGCCCUAACCCAGAGACGCCGGUCUGUAGCGGACGCGGAGACUGUGUGUGCGGCCAAUGUGCCUGUCGCUCGAGUGAUUUUGGGAAGGUUUGGGGGCCGUACUGUGAAUGUGACGACUUCAGCUGCCUCCGUUCCAAAGGACAGCUGUGUUCAGGUAAUGGUGAGUGCAACUGUGGGUCUUGUCACUGUAGUUCUGGAUGGUCCGGCGAGAGCUGUGACUGUUCGACCCGCACAGAGACCUGUAUGGGGGGUGGAGAAAUGCUCUGUAGUGGGCGUGGCCACUGCAUGUGUGGCGUCUGUGAGUGCACUCAGCCAGGAGCUUAUGGAUCGACCUGUGAGAAAUGUCCCACCUGCCCAGAUGCCUGCACCAUCAAAAAGGAGUGUGUGGAGUGUAAACACUAUAAGAGAGGGGAUCUGUUUGAGAAGAACUGCAAUCACGUCUGCAGAGAUGAGAUUGUGCUGAUGGAUGAGCUGGUCUUUCAUGAGAAGAACGCAGUGAACUGCAGCUACAAGGAUGAGGAUGACUGUGUUCAGAACUUCCAGUAUUAUGAAGAUGCCAGUGGAAAAUCCUUUCUCUAUCUUGUUAAAGAACCAGACUGUCCGAAAGGUCCUGAUGUCUUGGUGGUUGUCCUAUCGGUCACUGGUGCGAUCCUGCUGCUGGGUUUGGCUGCGAUUUUUGUGUGGAAGCUCCUGAUCACCAUUCACGACCGUCAUGAAUUUGCCAAGUUUGAGGAAGAGAAAGCCAAGGCUAAGUGGGAAGCGGCUAAUAAUCCGCUCUACAAAGGAGCCACCAGCACCUUCCAAAAUGUAGCAUAUCGUGGCAGUUAAGAAACCACAACUGCUUCUGUCAAGAACAACUACUGAUCAUCUCUACAACACAUCUCAGCCAGUCACCGCUGGUUUCGCCUAGGCUUGUGGCUAUUUAGAACUGUGGUGAUACUGCAGAAUCUACCAAAACAUGUUUAUUAUUAUUAUUAUUAGAUUAUUAAAAUGGUACCAUUCAGAAGUUUGUGGUCAUUAUGAUAUUUUUUUAAUUCAGCAUGGAUGCAUUUUAGCAACGUUCUAUUUAUCAAGAAUAGAAUAAAAAAAUUUAUCAUGGUUUAAAAAAAAAAAAAAAAAAAUUCAAAUUUGAUAAUAAGAAGACCUUUCUUGAGCACCAAAUCAUCAUAUUAGAAUGAUUUCUAAUGAAUUAUGUGGCACUGAAAACUGAAGUAAUGAUCCUGAAACAGUCAUUUUAAAUGAUAAUAAUAUUUUACUAUAUAUAUAUUUAUUUUCCUGUGUUUUUGAUCAAACAAUUGCAGCCUUGGUGAGCAGAAGAGACUAAUCUUACAGACCCAAAACUUUUGAACAGUAGUGUUUAUCUUGGCCAAUGAAACAAUGUUUUGACUGACUUUUUCCUCCAUUGUAAUGUAAAUAUUGUGAUAAGAAUAUGUUUUAAUCUUAUAUGAACGGUUCUGUGUGUAUAAAACAGGAUUAAGCACUCUGGAGUGACAAUUAUAGUUACAGUGUGAACAUGUUCAGUGUAACCUCAAUUGCAAUUUUUAAUGAUUCAACGGUCCAAAGUCGUUUUUUUCACUUAUACCACAGUUACCUCAAUGGUGUUAUUUUGUUAAUAAUAAAUAUUGUUAUAUAUGCUAAACAAA